AUUGUUUGGCCUGACAGAAGGCUGUGCGGGCGCGGUUCAUAUUGUACAUUGGAAAGAUACAGCCAUGGCGAAAUUGAACCUUUUGGCGGUUUCUGUUGGGAUGGCUGUGGCCGGAGACAUGAUGAGGAAAUCCAUAGUCUACGAUAAAAAGACACCAGAUGUAUUUUAUUGUCCCCAACAAAAGCCAACAGGUUUCGAUAAAAUGAUUGUCCGAGCAAAGCCUCUAAGCAAAUUGUGUGAACUGGAAGGAAAACCUCUCCCUCCUGACUACAAGUCAGAUUGUUACAAUGAUGUUGAUGAAUCAGAAUAUGCCUGCAAAGAAAAGCACCGAAUUAUGAAGAGACUCACUCGGAAGGCUGAAGGAAAAGGAGACCUUGGUCGUGACAUUUCUGCAGAAGAUUACUAAGUCAUAGUUAAUUUCAUAGAAAUUAACACAUUUAUACAUCACGAUGAGGCUUCAUCCACCUGGAAGUGAAAACCUGGAAGAAGAUAUUCGCAAGGCUAUUCAAAGGAUAAUGAAAAAGAAGAAAUUUUAAAUAUUAUUAUGAAACUCUUCUAAUGUGAAUAAUGAAAAGAAUUGGAAACAAUCAUAUUAAAUUAUUCUUCUUUCUGGCAUUUUGGGAAAUCAUCAGAGGAGAGCAAAUGUGCAAAAACAUAUCUCUGUUUUACUUUGUUUCUAAUAUGGUACCAGGAAAACAGGACUACAAUGCAGCCUAACAGGAAAUAAAAUGGAUUAAAACUUUCACUAAACAUACUUACCCAGUUCAGCAUUUCAAAUAUUAUUUUUCAUUAAGAAAAAAUGUUUAGAAAUACUUUUCCAAUUCCUUGUUUUUUUUAAUUGAGUAUAUAACACUGGUUAUAAUUUCUUUAUCACCUAUUGAAGGCAGUUUCAUUUACUGUUAAAAUGCUUUAUAAUAUUUAUAUUUCUGUGAUUUGAAUGCAAUGGAAUAAAAAACUCGAGAAAAGAAUAAUAUAAUAUUUUAUUCGUAUUGGUAUUGUUCAUGUGCACUAGAACAAAGUGCAUAUCAACAAAAGUGGUCUAGCUUAAUUAGAAAAAAUUGUUAAUUAUAUUUUUUAAAUUUAAUUGUUCAGUGAAGAUAAAGUUAUUCUUUGAAAUUUGCUUUAUUAAUUAAUGUAGGAAAUAUAUUAUUUACUUACCUGCAUUCAAAGAUUUCUCCCCAGUAAAUUAUAAAUUCCAUGUAUUACUUUAUAAAGAAACACACCCCUAAAUGUAUAAUAUUUUGUUAAUAAAAUUGUAAAUUAUUAAUAAAUUGGUAAAAAAAAUUCUCUUAAACUAUGAUUGCAUUAUUAAAAUGAUACAGAAGGUAAUGAGUCAUAUGUUAUUCUCAUCCUCUUUCUAAAGCCCAGAUAGUGAUGUAAAAACAAAUAUGCAGUAAAUGAAUUUUACUGGAAAUAUCUUGGCACAUAUGUGUCUGGUGUUUAGAAAUUAUUAGGAAUCUAACUGGAACAUGUUCAUUACCACAGAUGCUCUAAAGAGAUCUACAAAAUAUUUAUUUUUUGCAAUGAGAGAUACAACUAUUUUAUCAAAAACCUUUGCCAAUUGACCCAGCUAAAAUGUUUUGUUUUUUGUCAAAAUGUAUUUAUCUGAAGGUGGAAUGAGUCAAAGUUAGAUUGUUCAAUGGAUUUAAUGAUUUGGUAUUAUUAGAUGAAAAAUAAUUACUUUGAACUAUAGAUGUACUUAUGGUGUUUCAGCUUCUCUAUCAUUAUUCAAUAUUUGUUGUCAAACAUGAUAUAAACUUAUGUUUUCUCACUUAUGAGAUAUUGACAGAGAAAAAUCACAUGAAAACAAAGACAUAUAUGGAAAACAUUUGUUCAAUGAAACUAAAACUCAAAACAGAGAUUAAUUUGCUAUGCUCUUUGGCAAAUUCAUCUCAUUGCCAAAAAUGUCACUACUCUCUUUUUUGCAUUACCUAAUGAAUAUUGAAUAUGCCUAGUUCACUAACUCUCUCAAUUUUUAUUGAAGAUCUAGUGACCCUUUGGAUAUUUUGUAAGUGAUGAAGAAAUGUUUCACAUGUUCAUCUUUCCUACUGAUAAACAUUUAAAAAGGGUGAUAUGACCCUCAAAAAGUUGGUGUGUAAAAAGCUGAUUUUCUGUUUUACGUAAUUAUAAAGAUGAAAUAUUUUUAACAAAAACAAUUGUAAUACAUGUUGAAAUGUAGAAUAUGUGGCUAAAACAUCAGAAAUAGGUCUAUACUUAAAUGUAUUUUUAUAUUGAUUGUUAGGAGGAGUGAACUCCUCCCAAAUAUAAUAUUAUAUUUCAAAAAUGUUAUGUUACAAAAACAAAUAAAAAUGAAAAAUUCAGAAAUAAACAAACAU